CACAUCUCAACUGUAUCGACAGCAACCACCUUUGCGUCUUCAUCACAGCUCUCAUAAAAUAAACUACUUGUCCAUCAUUGAAACACAAUUGAACCAUUUUCAAAUAAACAGGAUUUUUAAGAGUAAAGAGAUAAAUAUGGUAUAAGAGUGAAGCGUCGCCGUGCGCCCUCGACAACUUCUGAGUGCGGCUUAGGAUGGAAUUCAGUGGUUUAUCUACAGGACGUCAGGGCUGAAAACAACGAGGACUUCACGUUUUCCCCCUGCAACGGGUGGUGGAUCCAGAGCCUACUGAGCGCUGGGUGUGAAGCCAGACAGAUGAAAGAAAGAAAGAACCUCACAGCAUGGACUGGAAAGGUAUCUACUGGCUUUUAAUGUCGUUUGAGUUGUGCAUGACUCCUGUGGGUGGACAAGAGCCUAAUGCUGAACCAACUACAGACUUUUCUCUAGCUCCUGCUAUGGGGGUGAUGGAGGGGGAGCGCCAGAUCAUGACUGAAUCUCAGUAUAAAUGUCUGGAGCUAUUAAGCAGAGAUGGGAUACGCAAUAAAACAGCUUCUCACUGUAGCCGGUUUUGGGAUGGCUGGUUGUGUUGGGAUGAAACUCCUGCUGGGGCUUAUGCUACUCAGAGCUGUCCAGACUAUCCCACCUUUGACACCUCCGAAAAAAUAACCAAAUAUUGUGAUGAAUCUGGUAAUUGGGCUCACAGCACAUCAAUAAACAACACCUCGUCUCAGUGUCUCAGCAUCUCAAAGGACAAAUUAAAGAAAGGGUCUGUUUAUGGUGAAGUCGAGCCAGAGGCUGAUGCCUCAGCAGAAACACUGGUCAAUAGUGUGGAAACCCAGAAAGCAGAGGGGAGGAAGAAAAUCAUUGAUGGCCAAUAUAAAUGUUUUGAGAAAAUGAACAGAGACCCACCAUAUAAUAAGUCAGGUCUGUACUGUAACCGGACAUGGGAUGGGUGGUUGUGUUGGGAUGAUACACCUGCAGGAACAUACACAUCUCAAAACUGCCCCAACUAUUUUCCUGACUUUGACCCCACAGAAAAGGCCAUAAAAUAUUGUGAUGAGACUGGGAACUGGUUUCUACAUCCCGAGACAAACAGGACAUGGUCCAACUAUACCUUCUGCAUUGCCUACACUAAAGUCAAGUUGAAGAAUGCGUACAUUCUGUACUACAUGGCAAUUGUGGGUCACACUUUGUCUAUUGCAUCCCUUCUCAUCUCUCUGGCAAUAUUUUUUUACUUCAGGAGUCUAAGCUGCCAAAGGAUCACCUUGCACAAAAAUCUGUUCUGCUCUUAUGUGCUCAAUUCAGCCUUCACUAUAAUCCACCUCACAUGUGUGGUCAACAACCCUAAAGUAGUGGAGAGAAACCCGGUUGGUUGUAAGGUGCUACAGUUCUUCAACAUGUACAUAGUGGGCUGUAACUAUUUUUGGAUGUUGUGUGAGGGCAUCUAUCUGCACACCCUUAUCGUAGUGGCGGUUUUCGCCGAGGAGCAGCACCUUCACUGGUAUUAUCUUCUGGGCUGGGGUUUUCCCCUGGUGCCUGCCUCCAUCCAUGCAGUGGCCAGAAAAAAAUAUUUUGAUGACAAUUGCUGGAUGAGCGUUGAGACCCAUCUGCUGUAUGUGGUUCAUGGACCCAUUGUGGCAGCUUUAAUAGUGAACCUGUUCUUUCUGCUGAACAUUGUGAGGGUCUUGGUGCUGAAGCUGAAGGAUACCCAUCGCGCAGAGUCCAACAUGUACAUGAAAGCAGUACGAGCCACUCUUAUUCUUGUACCAUUGCUGGGAAUCCAAUUUGUCAUAUUUCCGUGGAGGCCAGAAAACCGCUUGGCUGGAGAAGUAUAUGACUAUAUCAUGCACAUAUUACUGCAUUACCAGGGCUUGCUGGUGGCAACAAUAUUCUGCUUCUUCAAUGGAGAGGUCCAGGCUACUCUGAAGAGGCACUGGACUCAGUACAAGGUGCAGUGGGGACAGCGACGCCGUGAACACUGGUCCAUGCGCUCUACUUCAUACACCACUACAUCCAUCACAGAGGUGCCUGCUUUCAUGUUUCACUACGACAACAACAGCGAACACUUAAAUGGCAGGCAUGUCGAUGACUCAGCGUGAACGUGUGGCUCUCAAGGUCAAACACACCCACAUCUGAGGCACAAACCAUCAGAGAAGUACAUAAUAAACCUUUUUUUUUUUUUUGAAAGAAUGCCAUAAAACAGAAAACUAAGGAAACUGGAGAGUCUAUUACUAGGAGAUGGCAUGUACGUCCUUGCAGAUUCUUCCAUCUCAGGGCAACAAUUUGACACCCAGUACAUGUGAGUUGGCAGCGUUGUCUCGGCGAGACGUGUCGUGAAGUGUACACUACCGUUCAAAAGUUUGGAAUCAUCUGUUAUAUAUUUAAAAAACUGU